UUGCUCCUGUGGGCAGUGAAAACUUUUGGCCUUGCCUCAGGACAAAUCUAUCAGGGUUGAUAGAUUUUGUCAUUGGUACAGGCCCUCGCUUCUCGUCCCCCUCCACUGCCUCUCUUUUUGCUGAUCCAAGGUCCCCAACAUUCUCCCUAGCUGCCAGAGAUCAUUCCUGUUUCCCCAUUAUUCAGAGAAAUUUAGCUUAGUUUUGCUUUGACUUCCAUACCAUCAAAAGUCCUAGGCCCGUCUCUCCCUAAUCAAAGGCUCCAUACAAAAGAGACAUCUGCCCUGAGUGCUGGAAACAUUUCUCUCUAUGUGAGAUGUGGGAUCCAUCAGCUGCAAGGAAGAUGCAGCAGAGAAGAGAAAAAUGAAGACAGGACAUUUUGAAAUAGUCACCAUGCUGCUGGCAAUCAUGAUUCUAGUGGACAUUUUCCAGGUGACAGCUGAAGUGUUAGACAUGGCAGAUAAUGCGUUUGAUGAUGAAUACCUGAAAUGUAUGGACAGGAUGGAAAUUAAAUACGUUCCCCAACUGCUAAAGGAGGAAAAAGCAAGCCACCAGCAAUUAGAUACUGUGUGGGAAAAUGCAAAAGCCAAAUGGGCAGCCCGAAAGACUCAAAUCUUUCUCCCUAUGAAUUUUAAGGAUAACCAUGGAAUAGCCCUGAUGGCAUAUAUUUCCGAAGCUCAAGAGCAAACUCCCUUUUACCAUCUGUUCAGUGAAGCUGUGAAGAUGGCUGGCCAAUCUCGAGAAGAUUAUAUCUAUGGCUUCCAGUUCAAAGCUUUCCACUUUUACCUGACAAGAGCCCUGCAGUUGCUGAGAAGACCUUGUGAGGCCAGUUCCAAAACUGUGGUAUAUAGAACAAGCCAGGGCACUUCAUUUACAUUUGGAGGGCUAAACCAAGCCAGGUUUGGCCAUUUUACCUUGGCAUAUUCAGCCAAACCUCAGGCUGCUAAUGACCAGCUCACUGUGUUAUCCAUCUACACAUGCCUUGGAGUUGACAUUGAAAACUUUCUUGAUAAAGAAAGUGAAAGAAUUACUUUAAUACCUCUGAAUGAGGUUUUUCAAGUGUCACAGGAAGGGGCUGGCAAUAACCUUAUCCUUCAAAGCAUAAACAAGACCUGCAGCCAUUAUGAGUGUGCAUUUCUAGGUGGACUAAAAACCGAAAACUGUAUUGAGAACCUAGAAUAUUUUCAACCCAUCUAUGUCUACAACCCUGGUGAGAAAAACCAGAAGCUUGAAGACCAUAGUGAGAAAAACCGGAAGCUUGAAGACCAUGGUGAGAAAAACCAGAAGCUUGAAGACCAUGGUGUGAAAAUCCUUGAACCCACCCAAAUACCUGGAAUGAAAAUUCCAGAACCUUUUCCACUACCUGAAGAUAAAAGUCAAGGAAAUAUCAACAAUCCUAGUCCAGUUCCUGUUCCAGGCCCCAAAAGCCAUCCUUCUGCAUCCUCGGGGAAACUGCUGCUUCCACAGUUUGGGAUGGUCAUCAUUUUAAUCAGUGUUUCUGCUAUAAGUCUCUUUGUUGCUCUGUAGUUUGAUGCAUUGUUUAUCCUUCUUAUUCUUUACUUGAAAUAACUAUAGGGAUCCCACAGGAGAUCAAAAGGAAUGAUGUAUUUUUUACUUGUUGGCCAAAGUCACUGGAUAAAAUGAGAAUUGUAUAUUUGUUAUUCAUUUUGCAAAUUCAGAAAGUUGGUCCAGAUAUAUGUCACAGAACUUUUCACUUCUAUACUACUCUUAUAAUUGAAAAAAAUCCCGAAAACUGUAUACUUCUGAUUGAAUUCAAUAAAAGGUUUUGAUUAGA